AUGAUUGCCUCAACUGACGUAGCUCUUCCAAUAACCGAUGAUGGAGAGUCCAAACAUGGCACCGUCAAGCUGAAGAAAGAAAUUGGCAUGCUUCAAGCUGUCAGUAUCAUUUUCGGUAUUAUUGUUGGAUCUGGUAUCUUUGUGUCUCCAGUGGGUGUUCUUCGCCAGACCAACUCAGUUGGUCUGUCCCUUAUCAUGUGGAUUGUUCCAGGACUUUUCAGCUAUCUGGGUGCUCUAGUUUAUGCUGAAUUGGGUGUUCGAAUUCAAAAGUCUGGCGGUGAAUAUGCCUACAUUCUGGAGGCAUUUGGUGGUCUUCCAGCUUUUAUCGUGAUGUGGAUAAACUUCGUGAUCAUCGGUAGUGUCAGCUGCGCUGCUAACUCUCUAGCUUUUGCUGAGUAUAUAUUGCAACCGCUGUAUCCUAACUGUCCUAUCCCCACUCAUAUCAUUUCCAUGGUCGCUAUCUGCGGUCUGAUGCUUAUCUGUGCGAUUAACUGCUACAAGGUGAGCUGGGCGGCUAAAGUAGCGGUUGUCUUCUCCUUUGGGAAAAUAGUCGCCUUACUUCUGAUUAUUUGCUUCGGAAUGUAUAAUCUAUUCAAGGGUCACACGGAAAGUUUUCACAACGCCUUUGAGGGCUCGAAUUAUUCACCUGGCUACUUGGCAUUGGCAUUUUACCAGGGCUUCUGGGCAUUUUCUGGAUGGCAAGUCUGGAACUAUCUGAAUUUCUUAGUGGAAGAGAUGCGAAACCCUGGAAGAGACUUGCCACGGGCAAUCGGCCUUGGAUUAUUCCUCGUCACCCUUCUCUAUAUGCUCACGAAUGUUGCCUACCUGGCAGUGCUCAGUCCACAUGAAAUGCUAGAGGCUGCAGCUGGAUCAUCGGCCAUUGCUGUGGUCUUUGCUCAACGUGCGAUGCCCUGGUUGACAGCCAUCAUGCCUCUCUUUGUCGGAGCUUCUGUCUUCGGUAGUAUAAAUGGUGAAACAAUGGGUGUGUCUAGAUUGACAUAUACCGGUGCUCGAGAGGGACACAUGCCUGCUCUUCUUGCAAUGCUGCACUAUCGCAAUCUCACUCCUAUUCCAGCAGUACUUGUUUUGUUGUUUCUAGCCAUAGGAUUCCAGUUCUAUAGUGACCUCUUUGCACUAAUCGAAUUGGCCGGUUUCGCCUUCUCAUUCAUUGCAGCCUUGGCCACUUGCUCUCUAAUCUACAUGCGUUACAAGGAGCCCCAUGUUAGAACCUCAUUUCGGCUGCCAAUUUUCUUGCCAAUCGUCUUCCUUCUUGCCGACUUGUUCAUUUUGGCCCUGACAAUAUAUCAGCAGCCACGUGAAUCUCUCUACAACGUGAUAAUUAUGUUGGCGGCAAUUCCAAUCUAUUGGUUUGGCGUUUCGUGGAAAAACAAACCAGUCUCCUUCCAAAGGACAGUCAACAAAGUUACGGUACUUGGCCAGAAAACCUUCUCAUGUGUGCCAGUCGAGGAUGAAUCCCAAUUGGAUGGUGUACCACUCGAAUCUAGAGAUGAAGAUUGA